AUGGCGCAUAACUUCCUUGCUACCGCAGGACGCGACCCUCCUGACGCCUUUGUCAGGUUCCGGACUUCAUCUUCACAUCACAGCGAUAGCAACGAGUCGCAUCUCUCGAUGACAGACAAACUCCCCCCGCCAUUGCUGGCCCUCUUCCAGCCGCGGCCGCCCCUUCGAUUCAUCCCUCCCUCCGAUCGCGCGCCCGAGGACUGCCAGAAAAGCACCAUUUCCGGCGUGGCCCAGUACCUUGCCGAGGCCAAGAAGUUCGAAGAAGAGGUGCCCUACAAUGCUACGGACUGUUGGAUCCAGCGCAAAUGGCGCCAGAAGCUUGAGAAAAAGGAGCAGCUUGCCAAUCAGCUGACUGAGGGCCUGAAGACCUUCAACCCCGAAAAUGACCCUCAAGCUCGAGGUGACCCAUACAGGACCCUUUUCCUUGCGCGACUCAGUUUCGACGUGAAAGAAGCAGACUUAGAACGAGAAUUCGGCCGCUUCGGCCCCAUUGAACGAGUGAUUAUCCCCGAGCUCCGAUCAGCCAAUUUGCGAUUACUGACAUUUUACUCUCAGAUUCGCAUAGUGAAGGACACAGUCUCGCCAAAGGCUGCAAAGAGACCCGCUAGGGGCUAUGCAUUCAUCGUUUACGAGCGUGAAAAGGACAUGAAAGCCGCCUACAAGGAAACAGAUGGAAUCCGGAUCAAGGAUCGACGAGUCCUAGUGGAUGUGGAACGUGGUCGCACAAUCAAAGGCUGGAAGCCUCGCCGCUUCGGUGGUGGCCUCGGUGGACGUGGAUACACGAAGGCUAUGCCCGCCCGACCCAUGGGAUUCAAUGCGCCAUCAGGCCCCGGUGGUUUUGGCGGUGGAUUCCGAGGUGGCUUUGGUGGAAGAGGCUUCCGUGGGGGAGGCUUCCGCGGUGACCGCGGUGGUGACCGUGGAGAUCGCUUUGGACCCCGCGGUGGAAUUGGUUACCAAGGAGGCCGCAAUGGCUUCGGUGGACAGCCGCCUCCAAAUGCUCCCUCUGGCCCAGGUGGUGGUGGACGUGGUGGGUUCGGAGGCGGCUACGGUGGUAGAGGAGGAGGAGACAGAUUCGACCGUGGCGGUACUGGCAGCAACCGAGAGCCCGUCAGGCCCCGAGAUAGCUACGCUGACCGUGACCGUCGUGACCGCGACGGUGACCGCUACAGAGACCGUGACCGCAUGUCAGACCGCAAUGGAGACCGUGGCGGAGACCGUGGCGGCGAUCGUGGCGGCGAUCGUGGCGGAGACCGCUACAGGGAUCGUGAUCGUGAGCGUGACAGGUAUGGCGGCCGAGAGGAUUACGGACGGAAGCGACACCGUGAGGAUGAUGAACGCGACGACCCGCGAUCUAGGAGGCGAUACGAUUAA